UUUCCGGUGAAGGGCAGGCGGUGACAUCAGGGGGAGGGGCUUAACAAAGGACAGCGGGGACUCGACAAUGGGAGACAGUUUCCGAGACCAGCUGGCCGAGGACAGCCGCUUCCUCAGGGAAGAGCGAAGACUGGACACGGAGCUGGUGGAUAAAAUCAUCCUGCAGCUCAACAGAAUAUACCCGCAGAUCCUCACGGACAAGGAGGCCACCAAAUUCAGAGACUUGGACGUGCCCACUAGUGUUCGCCUCGGUGAGCUCCUGACGCACCUGCAGGGGAAAGGCGAGGAAGCAUGCAAGGAGUUUUACAGGGCACUUCACCUGCAUGUGGAGGAGGUGUACUUCAGCCUGCCCACGCGCCUCCGCCUCAGAGAUUCCUCACAUCCAUUCAAACAUCCAAGGGUCUAUCAACAGAGAUACGUUCUGAAUGACAGAGGCCCCCUCUUCUUUCUGAGCUGUUUCAGUAUUGCAGUGGGAAUGGCUUUAUUGUAUUACUAUAGUGAAGCUAAAGUGACAAGAGGCAGCCGGGCCCUCGGCAUGGCUGCUCUGGGUUUGGGCAGGAAAACUCGAGAGGUUCUCAUUUGGUACACCGAAGAAAACCUCAUGAAAUAGUGGGCGUCUCCCUCACCUCAUCCACUCCAGGAAUACUAUGCUUAUGUUACUUGUACCAAACCACAGCACACUAAAUUUUUUUCAGGAGUUGAAUAAUGAUUUUUUUUACAUAGCUGUAUAUAUUCUGUUGCUUCACUGAUCUGGAAGGAAAAAGACACUGCACUCCCAGAGUUACAUUUGACACUUUGUUCUUAUUUUCUUCUCAUGUUGAGAUCUGACAAAUGAGUUGAAAGGACAGUUACAUCUAAGGCAAUUAAAAAAACACCAGGAGUAAACAAGUUGUCAUCACAACAUUUUCGGAAAACCAGCUUUUACAAUCCAAAACAAUGCACAUCCUUGACUACAUGAGAGUAGCUCACAUUUUACAUCAUGGCAAAAACCUGCAGUUAAUUUUGCAUUUUGUGGCUGCACACUCAUAAUCCUUUAAUGCACCAAAGGGGAAAAAAACAGAUGCACAGCAUGUACAUAGAUUACACCCUUUGGUAGUAACAAUUAAACCAGUCUUACUUAACAACUGAAGCGCAGUCCGUUCCAUGUAUGAUUAUUUUGAGGUGCUCAACAGUCACUGAUGUCAAACAUAUUGCAGUUGGCCCGACCCGGCUCCAAGUCUAAAAUUAAAAACACUGGGUCAGAAAUAAGGCAUUUUCUUCGACCCCUGAAAAUGCACUCACUGAAACUGAAGCUUCAGUUGCAGCAAACAUGAAUUACCUCUUAGGCGCACACACAGAGCUGUUUGAAGAACAUGACUGCCCUCUGCUGGCCAAAAGGAGAAGCUACACCCGUAUCAACCCAGUGGUUAGUUUAUGGUGACUUCAUAAAACGUCCCACAAUUGCAACCUUUACAUUUGACCAAUAAAAAGAAGAAAAUGAAUUCGGUCAGCAGCUAGAAAUAAAACUGGGCGCAGGCCACGCAGUAAUUGCUAUAUUCAGCUUCAACGUGAGGUUUGCCGUUACACGAUUGGUCGAACCAGUCACAUGCCAGUGCAGUGCAUUGUGGGUAGAAAAGAGAUAAACGAAAUAUAAACGUAUUAACUCAACAGUUUUGUUUAAGUAUAAGACUGAAAUGUGAUGAGUUAGUGUUUAACUAGAUGCGCAAAUAGAUACUAGUGUGGUUUCGUAAAUUUGGAAGUGGAACCGUAAAUGAAGUGUCAUGCUGAGUUCGUCGGUAUAUAAAGCGCCUGCUUUGCUUUCACUGAUCGUGUUGUAUGAAAGGAGAGAAGGUUAGCACUCCCCUUGACAAGGAUGGAAUAGGCCCUUGUGGCCUUCAACACACAUACGGUUAAGGCAUUGCCACCUACUUCGUGGCAUCUCUAACCACAUUUUUUCCAUUACACACUACUGUCUCCAUGUCGACCUUCCGCAGCUCUGUAGUCGCUAUGACACCGCACCCACACAUGAAAGUGGUUUUAUUUCUCAGUCUUUUACCUGGGCUGAAGCUAAAUACCUAGUUUUGUGACUUAAGUCUCCGCUCCUGAACCAAAGCAGGCCAGUUUGCGGGUUGUGUUGUGCUCACUCUGAAAGCUUAAAGACAUUUCCAGCAGCGAGUUUCAUCCAAGUUGGCCUGCAGGCAGAGCAGACAUUAUUCAGAUUCAAAUGGUGCAGCUUAUUUAUUUUGGUUAUCCGCCCGUGUAUGAAAACGUUAUGGCACCUGAUAGAUUUUUUUCGAAAAUACUUUGGAACAGGGGGAAAGCCAGUUGCGGAGUUCAGCCUGGUAAAUAAAGUAAAUAAAGUAAGGGGCACUCUUUGGAAUCUAUAUGUGUUAAUGACAGUAUAAAAACUAUUUAAAAAGAAGUUUAAAGUGUAGCCUUUUAUUUUGGAAAUAUUGUAUUACCGACAAAGAUUGGCUAUUUUGUAUCUAAAAGUAAUCAUUAAUCUAUGUUGUGGGUCAGGGUUUUAAACGAUAGCCUAAUUUUAUGCAAAUUUGUUCAAACUGCCUUUAUACCAACUAAGUUGGAAAGCCUAGCCUUCAUUUCAGAUACUGUCUGCCAGUGUUGAAAUUUACCUCCAGUUAAACAGGGGAUACUGAUUACUUUCCUGGGAAUUUCUUUUUAAAUUUUAAAAUAGAAUAAUUGUUUUUUAAUAGAUUUUAGUGAAAACAAUCCCAAAAUAAAUGCAUUUUCAAGUAUGACAUCAGCAUGUGUAAUAAAUAAAGGGAGUAAUACUAAGUAAAGGGAGAGGGGUUUCCAGUAUAACUCUAACUUGAGAGCAGUUGUCAUGGUGUUUGGUCUCAGAAAUAUACUGUUUCUUCUGUGCUGGUGAAUUUAUGAUAAGUAUUUUUUAAGCAUUUGAAAAGAUGCAUGGCUUCAUGAUUCUUUCCUGCCACUGUUCUUAUCUAUUAUAUUUAUCACUCUGAAAGCAAAUGUUGGAAUGUGAUGGGUUUUUUUUGUUUGUUUGUUUGUUUUUUCUGAUGGUUGUUGGCUGAUACAUGUACUGUGAGUCCAAGACAGUCUGAAUGUCAUGUUCUGUGUACGGUCUGUUUUGUAAUCAUGCCUUAGAUUCACAUGUGCCAUCAUUUGUAUGACUACAUGACAUUUGUUUGUACAAUAAAUAACCUUAUGCAUGGCCA